AUGUCACAAACGUCAUCAGCAAUGUCAUUAUGUUCUGAGAAGUUAACACUUUGGAUUCUUGUCGAAGGCAGUCCAAGACCUAUAAAAUUCCCUGUUGAAUGGAAUACUUCACCAGACUUGGACGAUCUUGCACACAAACUUUGUAAAGAAAAAAAAACCUUCGAAAAUGUUGAUCCAGAAUCCCUUGAAUUCUUUAACCAUGAUGACAGAAUCAACCCUCUUCGAGCAGGUACUCUUGUCACGAAUUUGAGCACAACUGAUGCAAGUCCUUUGGUUAUACGUUACCCAUUCUCUAACUCUGAAGAUAAAAUAAAAUAUUUUUAUCUUUUUGAUUUCGAAUCUAUACACCCAUCACAUUUACACCUAUCUGUAUAUUGUUUAGAAGAUGGAAAGAAAAGUAGUGAAGAACAGGUUGAAAAUGAGUUUGCAUUCAAUAAGGUAGUGGAGGACAUUAAACUGAAUGAAAGUGGAAAGAAGGCAUAUGGAGAAUGGGAAAUAAGUGAAGUUUUUGAGAAGUUCCUGCAUAAGAGUGGAUCAUCAGUAGGUGACAUCAAUCAGUUUGACAUAGAAAAAUUUACACAACCAGAUCCAGAAAUUUCUGAUGAUAUAGUUAAUUCCUUUAUUGGUGAACCAAGAGAAAGAAAAAGACCUUUAUUCAUGUUAAUCGUAAUGAGAGAGUUUAUUUCUGCUUUUAUGAUUGUAGCUGUUGAACAUGUCCAGUUAAAAGAAAGUAAGCUUUGUCUCAAGAGUGAAGAGUGGCUUGAUGGAAGUCAUGGUUUUGGUCCUGUUGACUAUUCUGUACAUCUUGAGGAAUUUGUUUUAUUGGUCUGUGAAGCUAAAAAAGAGGAUUUUGAGAAAGGUGCCACCCAGAACAUUGUGCAAAUGCAUAGUGCUAAAAUAAACAAAAAACAAAAGAUAGAUGAGACAGAUAUGGAACCUGAACCUCAAGUACAAAUAUAUGGUAUUGUGACAAAUGCAUUAAAAUGGUAUUUUCUUAAAUGGAUUGGAUCCCCAGAGAAUCCUCAAUUAGAAGCAUCUGGACCUCAUUUUUGUAAGUUUGAUAUGACAGAUGCAAAGAAAAUAACUAAUUAUAUUGCCUCUAUCCUGCAAAUGCAAGUUAGUGGUCUGGGAAAUCAUAAGAAACAACUAAAAGCACAGAAGGAAGUGGUUAAAUGUUUUUUGUCUAAUCAAAAACAUAAACAUACAACUUAUAUUUUCUUUGCUGUAACAUUUUUUGCAUACUUUAUAAAAGAGAUUAAAACCUCUUUGCUAGAUGAUAGAUAUUAUAAAUGA